GGUGAAUGCACAGUUGACACUGCAUUGGGAUUCCUGCCGCGGUCUACAAAACUCUCAAGUUCAAGUGCAGCUGCCCAGAGGCCUGGAAACAAUAGAGACACGUCCCUGACGCAACGGACCCGAAUUGCGCCCAAUUGCUGCCACCCGACCCUCCCCCUUCGACACGGUCGACUAGAACGACGCCGCAACGUCAACAACCCACAAUUAUGGAUUUCAACAGCUUGAAGGACCAAGUGAGCAAUCUCACGCUCUACGACCUGAAGGCCGGAUUCCGCAAAGCCCAGAAUGCGGUGAUGAACUUCACAGAGAUGGAGGCCAAGGUGCGCGAGGCGACCAACAAUGAGCCAUGGGGUGCAUCCUCGACCCUGAUGCAGGAGAUCGCCAACGGGACGUUCAACUAUCAAUUGUUGAAUGAGAUCAUGCCCAUGAUCUACAAGCGCUUCACAGAAAAGGCUUCCGAGGAAUGGAGGCAGAUCUACAAGGCUCUCCAAUUGCUUGAGUUUCUGAUCAAGAAUGGCUCAGAAAGAGUCAUCGACGACGCGCGCUCCCAUGUAUCGCUUCUCAAGAUGCUCCGGCAGUUCCACUUCAUUGACCAGAACGGAAAGGAUCAGGGUAUCAACGUUCGAAACAGGGCCAAGGAACUCGCGGAGCUCUUGGGCGACGUUGAUCGCAUACGAACCGAACGAAAGAAGGCGCGCGCGAACCGCAACAAGUUUGGAGGUGUCGAGGGUGGCAUGGGCAUGGGCGGUGGCUUCUCCGGCAGUGGAGGUGGCAGCAGAUACGGAGGCUUUGGCAGCGAGUCAGCUGAGUACGGCGGUCACACUGGCGGCGUCUACGGAGAUGGAGGCGGAUUCGGCGGACAGGACCCCAGCUUCAACGAGACACAGCAACGGCGCGAGCGAUUCGACGAAUACGACGAGUACGACGAGGGUGAGACUGUUGCGAGCCCGCCACGACGCAAGGAGCCUGCAUCGAGCUCGACAAGAAGAGAACCCAAGAAGGCGGAACCGCCAAAGGCCAAGGCACCUGAGCCUGUGGCCGAUCUGCUGGCUUGGGACGAUGAGCCUGCAGCUGCCACCGCAAGCAACGACUUUGGGGAAGACGACGACUUCGACGACUUCCAGUCUGCGGCACCUGCUCUUGCUGCGAAGCCCGCUGGGUUCGGUAUCGCUCCUCCAGCGUCGACUUCCACCAUCAGUUCCACUACUCAAUUCGCCGCACCACAGCCUCAGUCUGCGACUCAGAACAGCAACCUGAACGACCUCUUCGCCACAGUAUCUCCGGCACCGUCAGCGAGCCGCAUCAUGUCCCCUCCCGCGCAGCCGUCAUCCAUGAGCUCGAGCUUUUCACAGCCACCCAACCCCACAGGUUACCAAGCUACUGGACCCAACUAUUUCACCUCGGUUCCCCAGCCUGCGCCGCAGUCGAGCGCUUCCACACCCGGCUCUGUCAUGUCGCCAGGUGGCAUCGGCAAGAUUGGAGGUGGUGCUCCCAAGAAGGCUGAUGGUGAUGCGUUUGCAUCUUUGCUGGGAGGAGUUUCGGCAAAGAAGGCACAGACGCCUACGCAGAAAGUCACAAUGGGUGACCUGGCAAAGCAGAAGACCAGUCAGGGUCUGUGGGGUGCGCCAGCUUCUAGCUCGGGCACGCCAGCUGCACAGUCACCUCAGUCAGGAUCGAAGCCUCCUGGCGGCGCCCUUGGUGACCUGCUCGGUUAAGCUGCAAUGGAGUGGAGAUGAGAGUCCGGAGGGGUAGUUGUAGAUUUACCAAUAUGACGUCACGAAGUUGCUACC